AUGUCGACAUUGGCCCCCCUGCGCCUGCUGCGUGAGCCCUGGAACGCCAGCGAGGGCAACCAGAGCAACGCCACAGCUGGGGCAGGCAGUGCCUGGUGCCAAGGGCUGGACAUCCCCAACGAGCUGUUCCUGGCACUGGGACUGGUGAGCUUGGUGGAGAACUUGCUGGUGGUGGCUGCCAUUCUGAAGAACAGGAACCUGCACUCGCCCACUUACUACUUCAUCUGCUGCCUGGCUGUCUCCGACAUGCUGGUGAGCAUCAGCAACCUGGUGGAGACCUUCUUCCUGCUGCUGCUGGAGCAUGGCCUGCUGGUGGUCUGUGCCAGUGUCGUCCGCCACAUGGACAACAUCAUCGACCUGCUCAUCUGCAUCUCUGUGGUGUCCUCUCUCUCCUUCCUGGGGGUUAUUGCUGUGGACCGCUACAUCACCAUCUUCUACGCCCUGCGCUACCACAGCAUCAUGACCUUGCAGCGGGCUGUGGUGACCAUGGCCAGCGUCUGGCUGGCCAGCACUGUCUCCAGCACUCUCUUUGUCACCUACUACCGCAACAACGCCAUCCUCCUUUGCCUUAUUGGAUUCUUCCUCUUCAUGCUGGUCCUCAUGCUGGUGCUCUACAUCCACAUGUUUGCCCUGGCCCGUCACCACCUCCGCAGCAUCUCCAGCCAGCAGAAGCAACCCACCGUCUACCGCAGCAGCAGCCUGAAGGGUGCUGUCACCCUCACCAUCCUCUUGGGUGUCUUCUUCAUCUGCUGGGGACCUUUCUUCUUCCACCUCAUCCUCAUCGUCACCUGCCCCACCAACCCUUUCUGCACUUGCUUCUUCAGUUAUUUCAACCUCUUCCACAUCCUCAUCAUCUGUAACUCAUUAAUUGACCCCCUCAUUUAUGCCUUCCGGAGCCAUGAACUCCGACGGACGCUGCGGGAGGUGAUGUUGUGUUCUUGCAUGAGGGAGAUCGUCCACAUCCAGGCGGGACAAUGCGGCAACCAGAUCGGCGCCAAGUUCUGGGAGGUGAUCAGCGACGAGCACGGCAUCGACCCCAGCGGCAACUACGUGGGCGACUCAGACCUGCAGCUGGAGCGCAUCAGCGUCUACUACAAUGAAGCCUCCUCUCACAAGUAUGUCCCUCGUGCCAUCCUGGUGGACCUGGAGCCAGGGACGAUGGACAGUGUGCGCUCGGGUGCCUUUGGCCACCUCUUCCGCCCAGACAACUUCAUCUUUGGGCAGAGCGGGGCUGGGAACAACUGGGCUAAAGGACACUACACAGAAGGUGCUGAGCUGGUUGACUCAGUGCUGGAUGUGGUGCGGAAGGAAUGUGAGAACUGCGACUGCCUUCAAGGCUUCCAGCUGACCCACUCACUGGGUGGUGGCACCGGCUCUGGCAUGGGCACCCUCCUCAUCAGCAAGGUGCGGGAGGAGUACCCUGACCGCAUCAUGAACACUUUCAGUGUGGUGCCAUCUCCCAAGGUGUCAGACACAGUGGUGGAACCCUAUAAUGCCACACUCUCCAUCCACCAGCUGGUGGAGAACACGGAUGAGACCUACUGCAUCGACAACGAAGCCCUCUACGACAUCUGCUUCCGAACCCUCAAGCUGGCCACCCCUACCUAUGGUGACCUCAACCACCUUGUCUCAGCCACCAUGAGUGGUGUCACCACCUCCCUCCGCUUCCCUGGCCAGCUCAACGCUGACCUCCGCAAGCUGGCUGUCAACAUGGUGCCCUUCCCUCGCCUCCACUUCUUCAUGCCAGGCUUCGCCCCACUGACAGCCCGUGGCAGCCAGCAGUACCGCGCCCUCACUGUCCCCGAGCUCACCCAGCAGAUGUUUGAUGCCAAGAACAUGAUGGCUGCCUGUGACCCCCGCCAUGGCCGCUACCUCACCGUGGCCACUGUCUUCCGAGGCCGCAUGUCCAUGAAGGAGGUGGAUGAGCAGAUGUUGGCCAUCCAGAGCAAGAAUAGCUCUUACUUCGUGGAGUGGAUCCCCAACAAUGUCAAGGUGGCUGUUUGUGACAUCCCUCCUCGGGGGCUCAAGAUGUCCUCCACAUUCAUAGGCAAUAGCACAGCCAUUCAGGAGCUCUUCAAGAGAAUUUCAGAGCAGUUCACUGCCAUGUUCCGCCGCAAAGCCUUCCUCCACUGGUACACAGGUGAGGGGAUGGAUGAGAUGGAGUUCACUGAGGCUGAGAGCAACAUGAAUGACCUGGUCUCCGAGUACCAACAGUACCAGGAUGCCACAGCUGAGGAGGAAGGGGAGAUGUAUGAGGAUGACGAGGAGGAGUCGGAGGCACAGGGUGCCAAGUGA